CUUUGUCAAGAGCAAGUGUCUUCACGACUUUCUGCAGCUGUUCAAGGUCUUCCGCUGCGCUUUAAUUGGUGACGCGCCAACUACGCGAGAUUGCGUGGCUCUGGAAUACUCUGGCUGCCUACCCGGACUUCUCUACAUGCCAUAAGACGAUGCUCCCCGUACUGUUCCUUUUGGCUCUUUCUUUCGCAGGACUACAAGCAAACGCAAUAUGGCCCUUUCCUCCGAAACGGUUCAGUGGGAAUUCGAUGUUGAGUGCGGGUGCGAUGGGCUUGGACUCUAAUGAUAGGGUCAUUGCGUAUGGUGACUUCAACGGGGACCAGUUCCUAGAUCUAAUUGCCAUAGGACCCGACCAGCAAGAGUUGGCAGUGUACAUCUGGGAUCACGAGGGCUACACCUUCGUGAAGUCUAACACAUUCAGGCACCGCCAGAAAGUUCUGAACGUCGUUCCGGGAGACUUCACACAAGAUGGCAAGCUGGAUAUGCUUGUGAUGGGCCAAGACCGCGGCCAAGUGUCGCUCCAAGUAUACGCCGCCCUACCUCAGGGAGGCUUCAACCUAGACCCAAUCUCAGCCCCCGCUUCAGCACAAGCACAACCUAUACCCAUGGACAUGAACGGGAAUCUCAGGAUCGACCUCUUCGGGACCAUCCCGUCAGCAUCAUCUGACGGGGAGUUCAGAGUCUGGCAGAACGCCUGGGACGCCUCUCAGCCCGCUUCUAUGUUCAACUUAACCGAUCCGCACUUUGGUGAUGCGCGAUGCAAACUUUCCAAUCCCCAUAGCAAUGCUGCCGUAGACUUGAAUGGAGACUGUUUAGCUGAUCUGUUCCUCCUUUGCGAUAACGGCCGCGACAAACAAUUCCAGAUAUGGGUGAACAACAAGGAUGACGGCUUUUCUCUCGCUCAAGUCGGGAACUUCCCUCGAGGAUUCCAAACGGUGUCAUUUGCCGACAUUGACCGCGACGGAACCAUCGAUAUGCUCUUCAUCACCUGCGACUCUGUCUCGUCAUCCACGGGUAUCGGCUCGGGGUGUGCAAUCAACAUCGCUUACAACAAGCAGCUGCCGCUCUGUGCAUCUGCGACGACGCCUAGCAUGAAGAACGGCCGACGCGUGUGCCGGCAGCCGCAGGAGCUGUGCGUCGCCGACCCGGACUUCCAGUUCAACCUGAACGAAGACGCAGACAACCCUGAAUUUGUGCGCACGCCCGUGGCGUCCAUCUUCCCUGGACAGUCACCGUCACUGCUCGUGCUCGACACGUCUGUGAACCCUGCAGUGCCGCUGCCUAUUAAGCUGGGCGAUGCGAAUCACGAUGGGUUCCCCGACAUGCUAGCGGUCGUAGCAUCCGGCCCGGGGUAUAACAGCGACAGGACGCCGAUGCUCGCGUUCAGUGUGCCGUGCGCGAAGGGCGUGCCUGGGUGUGCGGCCAACGGCAAGGGGCGUAGAGGAUGGAGCGUCCUCAAAAAGGGAGCGGAGGUGUUGAGCGGCAUCAAGGAUGCCAAGGGCAUCGCGUUCUUGGAUUUGGACGAAGACGGUACUUUGGACAUCAUGGUCCAAAGGACGGAUCGUCAGGGUGAAGGUAACAUUGUUUUCGUCCAGAACAAUUUCUAUUAUGAUGCGUUCUUCCUGAAAGCCAUUGUACUCAAUGGCGCCUGCGGAUCUACUCUAUGCACUGCGCCCAAUUCCAGCCUGAAAUACCAUCCCUUCGGGAUCAGUUAUUCUGGCGCAACCUACAAGUACACCGUUCUAGACACUUCAGGCAGGAGAUCCGCAGCAGCAGCCGCCCAGCUUCCGCAGACUGGCUACCAGAGCCUCCUCACUCCGUAUUCCUACUUCGGCCUGGGCCGCACGAACAACUACAUCGAGAAUCUCUUUGUCGGGUCGACGCUGCACAGCGACGAACACUUCAUUAACAUGGAGGGUGUCAUCCCGAACUCGAAGGUCGUCAUUAUCCCGCCCAUCGAACGUGACGGCUUGUGGAGGAAGGAGCUGUACCUAAGGCCAGGCGAGUGGAUCGUCUGGGUCACCGUUGCGGUGGUCGGUGCAGCCAUCAUCCUGGCAAUCAUAACGUUCGUACUACACUUAAACGAGAAGCGAGAAGACGAACUGGAGCGGAGACGAGCGUCGCACCACAUUAAUUUCGAUGCCCUGUGAAAGUGAAGAUACUUUGUGGAUACAGAUCUCCUGUCAUCAUAUUCUACACUUGGUGUGACAUUAGCUCACAAGCUUGUAUAGUCUUAUUUUCUUCUAGCAAUACAUCCCCGCGCUCUACAAUUCCAACUCGCCUCACGCAAGGAGCUUCCAUUGCGUAUGCCUCUCCUCUCCACCAAGCCGUUGCACCCGCCCCUCGGCCUCGAGUUUCUCCAGGUGCUGGUUCACGCUCUGCGCCGCAGGCUCCCAGAGCCCCUGGGGGUAACGCGCAUAGAUGUUCUGCACGAGUGUCCACGUUGUCCAGGCAUUGUCCUCGAGAGGCGGAGUGCGUAUCGCCUGCAGGACCUGGUUCUCACGUUCGACGCGGUGCUGAAGGUACAGCUCGACGUGACCAUGCGGCACGGUGGGGCCGUGCCCGGGAUAGAGCGUGUCGUACCGCCGCGCGAUACCCGUACCAUUGAGCACAGCGAGUUUGCGCAGGCUCGCCAUGUACUGCCCGAGAUCCUCGAAGACGGUGCUGCUCUGCCCGAGCACGGUGUCGGCCGUGAAGAGCGCGCGGUCGGCGUCGAAGAAGAGGCAGAGCGAGUCGGGAGUGUGACCUGGCGUGUGCACGACCUCGAGGAACAUGCCUUUAGUUUUCGUGCCUGCGUCGGCGGCAGUGACGGGGAGGGUCUGGCCCUCGUGUAGAUCGUGUAGCACGCUGCCUGAGGCGUUCAGUGCGAAGGAACCUUGGGGAAGUGUCUCCAGCACAGCGCUGAGUUUCGGCGUCAUAAGGGGGAGCUUGUGCACUCGGGGAGCAAGGAAGGCGAUAUCUGGGUUCUUACUAGUCCAACGACGUCGAAGUAGAGCAAGUACAGAGGGAAGACCGUCUGUGUGAUCGUGGUGUCUGUGAGUGAGAAUGAUGUCGCCUAUCUCUGGGACAUUUGGAUCGUUGGAAGGCGAGCCGAGAGCUUCAUCGAGUAUGGGGAUGUAAGCAUCCCGCCCUUCACCUGUGUCAAUGAGGACAUACGGGCUCGUCUGGCCGACGAGGUACGUAUUGGUUCCCUGUAGUGUAAAAUUUCCUGGGUUCUGUCCCAGAAGCCUCACAACGUUCUUACUCAGUCUGGUAAUUGGCGGGAAACUCGGCAAAGCUGACAUCUCG